CAAAUCCAGAGAAGACAGCGGGGAAGCCAGCCCCAGCAGACAGCAUGAAGAGCCUCUUUUUCCCAGAGGCCAGUGUGAGCCACCUGAAGCGCCACCAAGUCAGCCAGAGGAGGAAGCAGAAGAGGAGCCGCAGCAGCAGCAGACUUGCAUUGUUAAGGAAGGAAGCAGCUCCGCGCAGAUAGAGCCGGAUCUUAGGCGCAGCGAUGGGCAGCCAGAAAGCGCGAAAAUGCAUUUUGAGGAAAAAGUGGCGACUUCUGAAACAAAUAAGCCAAAGACGCUGUCCUGCAGCCACCAGAGCUGCACAGCGUCUUCUGCACGAGAGGCAACGCCGCCAGCUAAAUCGGGUUUCUGUAGGGUUUCCGUCCCAGCUGAAAUCUCGCAAGAAACUCUUUUCAGAGGAAAUGCAGAAGGAGGAUAUUCAGAACACGGAGAGCAGCAGGAAGCGCCAGAUGAACACGAACAACCUACCGGCUCUGCGCGAGCCUUUCAUGAUAAACUUGUUGAUCAGCUGCCUCUUGCAGCUGGCGUGAUCUUUCUGGCCCCCCGUGAGCAGAGGGAAGUGGCAGAGAAACCGGAAAAAAAGGGGAUCAUAGCGGCCUUGCUUGAGCACUUGUAUCAGCACCGGAUAAGCUACAGCCCUGCAGCCAAGCCACAAAGCAAAGAUGAAUCCACAACAACUGCGAAAGGAAACGGCGACGGAACUGGACUCGAAGGCACACAGCAGCUCAAUAUAACCUCCAGUGUAGGGGAACCAAGUCUACCUGCAGACUCCAACCAGGAGCGCCACAGCUUCUCCGGCGAACUUCAACAGGAGGCACCGCCACACAAAAAACAGCAGCAUCACUGCCUUGGUCGUUUACCAAACGAAACUGAAUCUGAGGUGACAACAGAAAUUCACAGGAGCACCGCACUCGAUACCGGAAUAGGGCGCCAGGAGAUCGCCUCACCCAGUACAAGCCCACGAUUGCCGCUAGAAAGACCUGAUCACCAGGUCUCAAUUGCGCAUUCUCAUGAACGGUCUGCUGCUGGAGAGGCUGCAGAACGGCAGAGAAGCCAAGGCGACGGGAAUUCAAGUUUUCCCGCGAUUCCCGUAGCUGCGGCUCCCUCUUUCUUUACCUCUUUCGGAUCUGCUGCAGAGAGCAGUGAGGCGACUGGAAACUUCCAGGAUGCGUCAGAAGGUGCGGAGCUAGAGCCCGAAAAGCCUGAUCACCAGGUCUCAAUUGCACAUUCUCGUGAACCGUCUGCUGCUGGAGAGGCUGCAGAACGGCAGAGAAGCCAAGGCGACGGGAAUUCAAGUUUUCCCGCGAUUCCCGUAGCUGCGGCUCCCUCGUUCUUUACCUCUUUCGGAUCUGCUGCAGAGAGCAGUGAGGCGACUGGAAACUUCCAGGAUGCGUCAGAAGGUGCGGAGCUAGAGCCCGAAAAGCCUGAUCACCAGGUCUCAAUUGCACAUUCUCGUGAACCGUCUGCUGCUGGAGAGGCUGCAGAACGGCAGAGAAGCCAAGGCGACGGGAAUUCAAGUUUUCCCGCGAUUCCCGUAGCUGCGGCUCCCUCGUUCUUUACCUCUUUCGGAUCUGCUGCAGAGAGCAGUGAGGCGACUGGAAACUUCCAGGAUGCGUCAGAAGGUGCGGAGCUAGAGCCCGAAAAGCCUGAUCACCAGGUCUCAAUUGCGCAUUCUCGUGAACCGCCUGCUGCUGGAGAGGCUGCAGAACGGCAGAGAAGCCAAGGCGACGGGAAUUCAAGUUUUCCCGCGAUUCCCGUAGCUGCGGCUCCCUCGUUCUUUACCUCUUUCGGAUCUUCCGCAGAGAGCAGUGAGGCGACUGGAAACUUCCAGGAUGCGUCAGAAGGUGCGGAGCUAGAGCCCGAAAAGCCUGAUCACCAGGUCUCAAUUGCGCAUUCUCGUGAACCGCCUGCUGCUGGAGAGGCUGCAGAACGGCAGAGAAGCCAAGGCGACGGGAAUUCAAGUUUUCCCGCGAUUCCCGUAGCUGCGGCUCCCUCGUUCUUUACCUCUUUCGGAUCUGCUGCAGAGAGCAGUGAGGCGACUGGAAACUUCCAGGAUGCGUCAGAAGGUGCGGAGCUAGAGCCCGAAAAGCCUGAUCACCAGGUCUCAAUUGCGCAUUCUCGUGAACCGCCUGCUGCUGGAGAGGCUGCAGAACGGCAGAGAAGCCAAGGCGACGGGAAUUCAAGUUUUCCCGCGAUUCCCGUAGCUGCGGCUCCCUCGUUCUUUACCUCUUUCGGAUCUGCUGCAGAGAGCAGUGAGGCGACUGGAAACUUCCAGGAUGCGUCAGAAGGUGCGGAGCUAGAGCCCGAAAAGCCUGAUCACCAGGUCUCAAUUGCACAUUCUCGUGAACCGUCUGCUGCUGGAGAGGCUGCAGAACGGCAGAGAAGCCAAGGCGACGGGAAUUCAAGUUUUCCCGCGAUUCCCGUAGCUGCGGCUCCCUCGUUCUUUACCUCUUUCGGAUCUUCCGCAGAGAGCAGUGAGGCGACUGGAAACUUCCAGGAUGCGUCAGAAGGUGCGGAGCUAGAGCCCGAAAAGCCUGAUCACCAGGUCUCAAUUGCGCAUUCUCGUGAACCGCCUGCUGCUGGAGAGGCUGCAGAACGGCAGAGAAGCCAAGGCGACGGGAAUUCAAGUUUUCCCGCGAUUCCCGUAGCUGCGGCUCCCUCGUUCUUUACCUCUUUCGGAUCUGCUGCAGAGAGCAGUGAGGCGACUGGAAACUUCCAGGAUGCGUCGGAAGGUGCGGAGCUAGAGCCCGAAAAGCCUGAUCACCAGGUCUCAAUUGCACAUUCUCGUGAACCGUCUGCUGCUGGAGAGGCUGCAGAACGGCAGAGAAGCCAAGGCGACGGGAAUUCAAGUUUUCCCGCGAUUCCCGUAGCUGCGGCUCCCUCGUUCUUUACCUCUUUCGGAUCUGCUGCAGAGAGCAGUGAGGCGACUGGAAACUUCCAGGAUGCGUCGGAAGGUGCGGAGCUAGAGCCCGAAAAGCCUGAUCACCAGGUCUCAAUUGCACAUUCUCGUGAACCGUCUGCUGCUGGAGAGGCUGCAGAACGGCAGAGAAGCCAAGGCGACGGGAAUUCAAGUUUUCCCGCGAUUCCCGUAGCUGCGGCUCCCUCGUUCUUUACCUCUUUCGGAUCUGCUGCAGAGAGCAGUGAGGCGACUGGAAACUUCCAGGAUGCGUCAGAAGGUGCGGAGCUAGAGCCCGAAAAGCCUGAUCACCAGGUCUCAAUUGCGCAUUCUCGUGAACCGCCUGCUGCUGGAGAGGCUGCAGAACGGCAGAGAAGCCAAGGCGACGGGAAUUCAAGUUUUCCCGCGAUUCCCGUAGCUGCGGCUCCCUCGUUCUUUACCUCUUUCGGAUCUGCUGCAGAGAGCAGUGAGGCGACUGGAAACUUCCAGGAUGCGUCAGAAGGUGCGGAGCUAGAGCCCGAAAAGCCUGAUCACCAGGUCUCAAUUGCACAUUCUCGUGAACCGUCUGCUGCUGGAGAGGCUGCAGAACGGCAGAGAAGCCAAGGCGACGGGAAUUCAAGUUUUCCCGCGAUUCCCGUAGCUGCGGCUCCCUCGUUCUUUACCUCUUUCGGAUCUUCCGCAGAGAGCAGUGAGGCGACUGGAAACUUCCAGGAUGCGUCAGAAGGUGCGGAGCUAGAGCCCGAAAAGCCUGAUCACCAGGUCUCAAUUGCGCAUUCUCGUGAACCGCCUGCUGCUGGAGAGGCUGCAGAACGGCAGAGAAGCCAAGGCGACGGGAAUUCAAGUUUUCCCGCGAUUCCCGUAGCUGCGGCUCCCUCGUUCUUUACCUCUUUCGGAUCUGCUGCAGAGAGCAGUGAGGCGACUGGAAACUUCCAGGAUGCGUCAGAAGGUGCGGAGCUAGAGCCCGAAAAGCCUGAUCACCACGUUGCAGUUGAGCCUUCUGCUGAACGAUCUGCUGGAAUGCCUAUACAGCAGAAGAGUAACAUCUCCG